AUGAUACCUCUAAAAUACUUACCUGCCAAAGUUGCGGCCAACAAUGCAAUGCCAAGUUGGGUUGUACUUUUGGUCGAAUUCCUUCUUUAUGUAAGCAGCAAUGUCCUUCUCAAUGUUGAAUUUGGUCAUAGCGGUUUCACCGGCCUUAAUGGCAUCUUCCUGCAUAUCGCUGCUCAUAUCGGCAUUUUUGACAACAGCCUUGUUGCUCGACAUGGCAAUAAAGACCAAACCAUGGGCGGGAAGAGUCUAAAAGUUGGAGGCGCUGACAGCUAUUGA